AUGGACGAGUCCCAAAUCUCUCUUGGUGAAUCACUCGAUCCUCGGCCAAAUCAGCCCUUUCACCAGCUGCCGCCGCCCGACCAGCACCCGCCGCCGCCCCAAGCCACCCAGCCAACAAACCAGGGCCGCAAAGCAUCGCGACUACACCAGCGAUCAUGCAUCACCUGCCGCCGCCGCAAGGUCCGCUGUGACAAGAACAAGCCGUGUCACAACUGCGCCAAAGCCCGCAUCGAAUGCGUCUUCCCCCAGCCAGGCAAUGCCGGUGACCGCUCGCAAGCCGCCGACCCCGAGCUGCUCAACCGCCUGCAAGGCCUGGAAUCGGUCCUCAAGACCCUGAUAUCUUGCAUUGGCGAGGACCGCAUCAAUGAUGCCCUCCGCCGCGACCCGAAUGACCCGGCGCCUUCCCACUUGACCGGACUUCAAACCGCUCCUCCCCCCUCCGAAUUGCGAUCGCCUCCACCACCACCGCCACCAGAGCCUGCCAGCCACCACAGUGGUCCUGCGCAACCAAACACUCCUUUCUGGACAAGCGGCCCAUCUCCUGGCAAUGAAGCCAGGCCCACCGAGCCCACGUCGUGGACACCGUAUGGGAAGGCAUCGGGGAAGUUGGUCAAGGAUGGUGGGCGCGACACAUAUAUCAGCGGCACCUUCUGGGAAUCGUUGCACGCAGGGGUUGAAGAUGUGCGAGAGCUCAUGGAGAACUCGGAAUACGGUGCCGACUAUGACACCCCUUCACCCGUGAACUCGCCCCACGGCGCUGAGUUCUUGUUCGAAGGCGCCUUCCAGCACCUAGAUCUCUACGCCAUGCACCCCCCUCAGCAUCUUCGAUUCAGGGCGUGGGAAUUGUUUAAGGAAAACGUUCAUCCAGUAGCGACCGUGCUGCAUAUUCCCUCUGUCGAACCCGCCAUCCUGGAGGCCAUGACAACAUUUCAGAACGUGUCCAGUCCCAUGCAGGUGCUGAUGUUCGUCGUAUACUACGGUGCUGUGACCAGCCUGCCCUCCGACGAAUGCCAGAGUGUGUUUGGAGAGAAGCAGAGCGUGUUAUUCGCUAGAUACCGACUUGGCUUACAACACGCAUUCUCGAGGGCGAAGCUUAUGCAGACGGACGACUUCCUUGUGCUCGGAUCAUUUGUUUUGUUCCUCGUCUUGCUUCGCCACCACGAUCCGAGGUUGUCGUGGAACCUGACAGGAUUGGCAGUUCGCCUCUUGGAGUCUCUGGGAAUGCACCGCGAUGGAAGCUCGCUAAAUCUCUCCAAAUUCGAUGCGGAGAUGCGGCGAAGGCUCUGGUGGAACCUGUGCGUUUUGGACACUCCAGCCUCGGAAGACCGCUCCUGCACCCCAACCAUACUGGAGAUGAGCAGCUUCGACGCCAGUCUGCCUCUCAACCUAAACGAUAGCGAUCUCGAUCCCAACAUGACAGAUUACCCUCCCGAGUCAGGGGAACUGACCGACAUAUGUCUCACUUUGUUGCGCUGUACGCUUACAAAUAUGUGGCGGACUAUGAUCGAUACGAGGAGACUUGUGGGGAACCCCGGCAAAAGCUUCGCUUCUCUGACCAUGGCCGAGAAGCACGUGUGGUUGAGCGAGCAGCAACAAGAGCUUCAACAAAGAUUCAUUGCUGACUCUUCAAGUGUGAAUCCUUUACAUUGGGUGGUGGCGACGCUCGUACGAUCCAUCGUAUGCAACCUCCGCCUAUUCGUCUAUAACCCACUUCGACCGGACGUAACGCUGAGUGAAGAAGCCCGGGAUAAAGUCUUCAUCACCGCCAUAGAGUGCAUCGAGCUGUCCCAUCGACUCCGGACCGACGUUCGAGCGAGGAAAUGGGCUUGGCUCCUCAACGGCUACCAUGAAUGGUUCGCACUUACCAUUGUGCUGAUGGAGCUAUGCAGAAAACCAGUGGGCAAGAACGUCGACCGAGCUUGGCGAAUUGUCGAGCAAAGCGUGGUUCUCCGAUGGGAAUCGCCCGUUGACCACCGCGGAUCCCAUCAGUGGCGUUCCAUUAUGCUAGCCAUAGACAAGGCGCGCGCAGGACGGCGAAAGGUCCUUCAACGUCCCGCAACUGCACCUCUCCACCACUCAGCCUCUUCAUCUCUUAACCAGCAACAAGUCCCGCAGACGCCUCAAACUUACCCAGCAAGCAUACUCCCGUCUCCGGCAUUGCUCAGCUUGACAAACAUGCCCACUCCCGGCCUACUGCACUCUGAACAAACGCCACCAAUGGACCUUGGAUUGCAGACGGAACUACCGAGGUUGCUAUCGCCGUUGCAGGACCUUGGCCAUCUCUCAGGCGUGGAUAUGGACGCCUAUAUGUUUGAUGUGGACGCUUUUAACCAGCAGAUUUUAAGAGACGACCAAUCUGGUAUGAUGAAUUGGGGAGAGCCGGGAACAGAUUUUGAGCAUGAGUAG